AGAGUAGAGCGGCUGCAGCGGCCUCGGGGAAACGGGGGAGCUGGGAGCAGACAGUCGACGAGCAGCUCAGCCAGGCCCGGCCGGGAAGGCAUUAGGCCGCGCUGGCGGCGGCAGCGGUAGCCACGAUGAUGGAGAUCCAGAUGGACGAGGGCGGCGGGGUAGUGGUGUACCAGGAUGACUACUGCUCCGGCUCGGUGAUGUCGGAGCGGGUGUCGGGCCUGGCCGGCUCCAUCUACCGCGAAUUCGAGCGCCUCAUCAGCUGCUACGACGAGGAGGUGGUGAAGGAGCUGAUGCCGCUAGUGGUGAACGUGCUCGAGAACCUGGAUUCGGUGCUCAGCGAGAACCAGGAACACGAGGUUGAGCUCGAGCUGCUGCGCGAGGACAACGAGCAGCUGCUCACCCAGUACGAGCGGGAGAAGGCGCUACGCAAGCAGGCCGAGGAGAAAUUCAUUGAGUUUGAAGAUGCUUUGGAACAAGAAAAGAAAGAUCUACAAAUCCAGGUUGAACACUAUGAGUUCCAGACUCGACAGCUAGAGCUAAAAGCCAAAAACUAUGCAGAUCAAAUUUCUCGACUGGAGGAGCGUGAGUCAGAGAUGAAGAAGGAAUAUAAUGCCCUGCACCAGAGACACACAGAGAUGAUCCAGACCUAUGUAGAACACAUUGAACGAUCCAAGAUGCAACAGGUUGGGGGAAAUAGCCAAACAGAGGGCAGUCUACCUGGGAGAAGUCCUCGCCAGUCAUGGAGGAAAAGCAGGAAGGAGCGCCCUACCUCUCUGAAUGUCUUCCCCCUUGCAGAUGGAAUGGUACGUGGACAGAUAGGGGGCAAGAUCAUCCCCACAGUGGACCACUGGCACCUGAGUGACCUCGGCCAGCUGCAGUCCAACUCCAGCUACAAGUGUCCACACGAUGAGAUGUCUGAAUCGGGACAGUCUUCUGCUGCUGCCACACCCAGUACCACUGGCACCAAGUCCAAUACUCCAACAUCCUCAGUGCCCUCUGCUGCCGUCACCCCCCUGAAUGAGAGUCUGCAGCCCUUAGGGGACUAUGGAGCAAAGAACAGCAAACGCGCAAGAGAGAAACGCAACAGUCGCAACAUGGAAGUCCAGGUCACCCAAGAAAUGAGGAAUGUCAGCAUAGGGAUGGGCAGUAGUGAUGAAUGGUCUGAUAUUCAAGACAUCAUAGAUUCUACACCAGAGCUAGACAUGUGCCAGGAACCUCGAUUGGAACGCACGGGAAAUAGCCCAACCCAAGGAAUUGUCAACAAGGCUUUUGGCAUCAACACUGAUUCCUUAUAUCACGAGCUGUCUACAGCAGGUUCUGAAGUCAUUGGGGAUGUGGAUGAAGGUGCAGACCUACUAGGGGAGUUCUCAGUGCGGGAUGAUUUUUUUGGAAUGGGCAAAGAAGUAGGAAAUCUAUUACUGGAGAAUUCACAACUCCUGGAGACCAAAAAUGCUUUGAAUGUUGUGAAGAAUGACCUGAUUGCCAAGGUGGACCAGUUGUCUGGGGAACAGGAGGUGCUGAAGGGAGAAUUGGAAGCCACAAAGCAGGCCAAAGCCAAAAUGGAAACCAGAGUCAAGGAACUAGAAGAGGAGCUCAAACGAGUGAAGUCUGAGGCCAUCAUUGCACGACGUGAACCCAAAGAAGAGGUGGAGGAUGUAAGCAGCUAUCUCUGUACAGAAUUGCAGUGCUCCUCCCCUCUGCAGGACAACAUUCCCAUUGCCCAGCGUCGCCGCUUCACCCGUGUAGAGAUGGCCCGUGUCCUUAUGGAACGGAAUCAGUAUAAGGAAAGGCUGAUGGAACUUCAGGAAGCUGUAAGGUGGACAGAGAUGAUCAGAGCAUCCCGAGAACACCCAUCUGUUCAGGAAAAGAAGAAAUCAACCAUCUGGCAAUUCUUCAGCCGCCUCUUCAGCUCUUCCUCCAGCCCACCUCCUGCAAAGAGGUCCUAUCCAUCAGUAAACAUCCACUACAAGUCACCCACCACAGCUGGAUUCAGCCAGCGCCGCAGCCAUACCAUGUGCCAGAUCUCAGCUGGCAGCCGUACCUUGGAAUUUUUCCCUGAUGAUGACUGCACAUCCACAGCCCGAAGAGAACAAAAGCGUGAACAGUACCGACAAGUCCGAGAACAUGUACGCAAUGAUGAUGGGCGACUGCAGGCCUGUGGCUGGAGCCUUCCUGCCAAGUAUAAGCAGCUGAGCCCCAAUGGAGGUCAAGAAGAUACCAGAAUGAAGAAUGUUCCUGUGCCUGUGUAUUGCCGCCCACUAGUAGAAAAAGAUCCUACCAUGAAACUGUGGUGUGCAGCUGGGGUCAAUCUGAGUGGUUGGAAGCCAAGUGAAGAAGACUCUGGGAAUGGAACCAAGCCAUCUUUGGGUCGUGACCCUCUGACCUGUGACCGUGAGAUAGAAGGAGAGAACAAGAGUAACCACACAUCUCCAGAAAAGAAAAAGGGGAAGGAGCUACAUGAAAUGGAUGCCACCUCAAGUCGAGUCUGGAUUCUCACCAGUACCCUGACCACAAGUAAAGUGGUAAUCAUUGAUGCCAACCAGCCAGGCACAGUGGUGGACCAGUUUACUGUUUGCAAUGCCCAUGUUCUCUGCAUUUCUAGUAUUCCUGCAGCCAGUGACACUGACUAUCCCCCUGGAGAGAUCUUCCUGGAGGGUGAUCUUAAUCCUGAGGAUUCAGGGGCUGAUGGGGUCCUAGCUGGGAUCACAUUGGUGGGCUGUGCCACACGAUGUAAUGUGCCACGGAGCAACUGUUCCUCUCGUGGAGAUACCCCUGUGCUGGACAAAGGGCAAGGUGAGGUAGCCACUGUCAACAAUGGGAAGAUCAAUCAGUCUCAAUCCACAGAGGAGGCAACAGAAGCCACUGAGGUGCCGGAACCAGGACCCAGUGAAGUUGAGGUGGCCUCGGUUCGGCCUGGACCCCUCACUGAACACGUCUUCACUGAUCCAGCCCCAACUCCGACCAUCAGUAGCCAGACAGACAGCGAGAAUGGCCCAAAGGUGGACCCUAGCACCACGCAGCAAGAACAGGAAGCCACAGGGGACCCCACUGCCACAGGCACCAGUGCCGCUCCCACCAUGUGGCUGGGAGCACAGAACGGUUGGCUCUAUGUGCACUCGGCUGUGACCAACUGGAAGAAGUGUCUGCAUUCCAUCAAGCUGAAAGACUCUGUUCUGAGCUUGGUACAUGUAAAAGGCCGGGUGCUGGUAGCAUUAGCAGAUGGGACGCUGGCCAUUUUUCACCGUGGAGAAGAUGGCCAGUGGGACCUUAGCAACUACCAUCUCAUGGACCUGGGCCACCCUCAUCACUCGAUCCGCUGCAUGGCUGUCGUCUAUGACCGGGUCUGGUGUGGCUAUAAGAACAAGGUCCAUGUCAUCCAGCCAAAAACCAUGCAGAUAGAGAAGUCAUUCGAUGCCCACCCACGACGGGAGAGUCAGGUGCGACAGCUGGCAUGGAUUGGUGAUGGGGUGUGGGUAUCCAUCCGCCUGGAUUCUACCUUGCGGCUCUACCAUGCCCACACCCAUCAGCACCUGCAGGAUGUUGACAUUGAACCUUAUGUCAGCAAGAUGCUGGGCACUGGCAAGUUAGGCUUCUCCUUCGUGCGCAUCACAGCUCUUCUUAUCGCAGGCAACCGUCUCUGGGUGGGCACCGGCAAUGGGGUCGUCAUCUCCAUCCCACUGACUGAGACGGUUGUUCUGCACCGUGGCCAGCUCCUUGGGCUUCGUGCCAACAAGACAUCCCCCACAUCGGGGGAGGGACCCCGACCUGGUGGCAUCAUCCACGUGUAUGGGGAUGAUAGCAGUGACAGGUCAGCCAGCAGUUUCAUCCCAUAUUGCUCCAUGGCACAGGCCCAACUCUGCUUCCACGGCCACCGGGAUGCUGUCAAGUUUUUUGUCUCUGUGCCAGGGAAUGUUCUAGCGACCCUCAAUGGCAGUGUGCUGGACAGCCCUUCAGAGAACCCUGGCCCUACAGCCUCGGACCCAGAGGGCCAAAAGUUGAAGAACGUGCUUGUGUUAAGUGGUGGUGAAGGUUACAUUGACUUCCGGAUCGGUGAUGGAGAAGAUGAUGAAUCAGAAGAGAAUGCAGGGGAGGUGAAUCAGGUGAAACCCAUGUUGUCCAAGGCUGAGAGGAGCCACAUCAUUGUAUGGCAAGUUUCCUACAUUCCUGAGUGAGAGCCUGCCACCUGCCGGCCACCCCAUCCCUCCUGCCUGAACGCCAAGGUGUAUAUAGAGAACUCCUGCCCUCCUCCCACUGCCAGGGAUGCAGCCAGCCCCUCCAGGUGGCCGAAGCACCUGCCUGCCCUUUUUCUAACCUCUCAAUUUGCAGCUUUCACCGUAGGACUGGAGGCUUCUCAAGCUGGUGGGAAGGAUGUGGCAGACUUGGCAGAAAGAAAGGGGGAAUGGAGAAAGCCAGAGCAAGAUGGGGAAAUAUAGAUGAUUGUUUGGAGGCAGUAGGAUCCCAGAGGCCAAGCUGAGCCAGAGAAGGAGAUGAAAGCCUAUGGCGGAUUGUCUUGCAUAAAUGGGGUGCUGGGUUCUAGGAUGAAUAGCAGAAGACCCAGGGGAUUUACUGGAGUAUGUGUGUCUGGACUUCUGUCCACCAAGCCACACUUGCAGGCUGUGGGGAAGAUUGUUAACAUCAGUGAAUUCCCCCUAUUUUAAGCUUUCCUUCUCCUCCUCUGUUUCCCUUGAUGCCAAGAGUCAUAAUGGAGAGAACCCUGCCCCACCCCUAUUCCAUUUAGAAUUUCUGUGCAUGUUAGGGGCCUAGAAUUCUGGCCCUUGCUAAGAGAAAACCUAGGAGAGGGUCAAUACCGCCUUAAGGGGCAUUGGGGAGUCACCCUGACCUGCUAAUCCUAAGACUUAGGAGCCAUCUUCCUUCACAUAGAGGUGAUGUGCUUUGGGUUCUGGCCUUAGAGUGUUUGGCCAGACCCACCUGAUCCAUCAUCUAUACAUGUUCAAUUGGAAACUUAACAGUGUAAGCCCAGGUCUCUUAUCCCCUCCCACAGGCCACUGAGCAUGAGGUGACCUGCACUGUGGGGCCACAAGUUGUACAAGCCCCUCCUCCCUCCUGCCCUAACUGGCCACACUUCCGCUUUAUCGCACUCUAGCCCAGGCUUGGUGCUUAAACUGUACCUGCCACCCUGCUCCCUUCAGGUUCCUCAGUUCUCCUAGGGUUAUCAGAAGGUGUAAAGUAGCCACCAGUCCUGGACUGUCUCUCUCAGGGGUCAGCUUCUUGCCUUGAAUCACUGAAGGCAAUAAAAGCAUAGUGUGCCCAGGUGCUGUGUCAAGAUGUCUUCCCAGAGCAGGAAUGCCUAUAGAGCCCAAGCUCCCUGGCCACAUUAUUAAGUGCCUAGGGUUGGCCUGGGAAGUUUGCUGUCCUGGAGCAGAAGCCUGCUCCUGGGAGAAAGGGAAAGGAGCCAUCUUGGGCCAGGCCCCUGAUGGUGAGGGAAAGAUGAUGAUUCCAAGGAAGCAGCUCAGCUGGGAUGAGGUUUGGUUCCCAAUGGGUUCUUCAGAAAGACAUUGGUGGCACUGACCCACAGCCCUAUGGCCUGCUGAAUUAAAUAGUAGUUCCACAGAUUGUGCUUCAGUGGCCACCAGCCCUGGGGGAUGAUCAGAGUUGUAUAGGCCUUACCUAUGUCUUCCCACCUCUCCUUCCCCCCCCCCAGAUCGGAGUUGCUAUUUAGGCCCUGUGGAUAAAAGGAUUGAGUUUUUAUGAGACUCCCAGCUACCUAUCUUAUCCUUCCUAAAGCUACACAGGGCAGCCUAAGCAUCCCCCAUCUGGCCCCACCGUCCUCUUAAGAGAAGCACACUGUUGAGGGCAACCCCAAGUUUAGAGCCCAUCCCCUCCCCCUCAGUUGUGUGGCAAAGGAUUUUGAAAGCUGACUGGCUUCUCCACUUCUCCCUGCCAUCUUUCCACUGUGAUGUAUGUAAAGUUCAUUCUAUGUUACAAAAGGAUUUCCAAGUGUCUUUGAAGGCCUGAACGCUGCACAGUUAGCACUGAGACUGGUGUCCUUGUAAAGAGAGGGCAGUAGGAAUAAUCUCCCCAGGCUUUGGCCCUGCAACUGAACCAUGUACCUGUUCUGUAUGUAAUAAAUGUGUUAAAUCAUC